GCUGCUCGCCAGAUUGAAAGAUCACCACCUCCAUCACCACCGACAAUCCAAAGCUCAGCUUCACCAUGGUUUCUUUCAAGGUCCUUGCUCUUGCCAUGACGGCCGUCACCGGGGUAUUGGCCGCCCCCUUUGAUUUCCUCCACGAGCGUGACGAUGCCAACGCCACUGCUACUUUGGAGAGACGCCAGAAUACUCCCAACGGUGAAGGACAGCACAACGGGUACUUCUACUCCUGGUGGUCUGACGGUGGAGGCUCUGCUGUCUACACCAUGGGCGAGGGAUCUAAAUACUCCGUGCGGUGGACCAACACCGGUAAUUUCGUGGGUGGAAAAGGUUGGAACCCUGGAAAUGGCCGUGUGAUCAACUACGGUGGUUCUUUCAGCCCUCAGGGCAACGGUUACCUUGCUGUCUACGGCUGGACUCGCAACCCUCUUGUUGAGUACUAUGUCAUUGAGUCUUUCGGCACCUACGACCCAAGCAGCCAGGCAUCUGUCAAGGGCACUUUCAACACCGACGGAGGAACCUACAGGGUUGCUGAGUCUACCCGUUACAACCAGCCUUCGAUUGACGGCACCAGGACCUUUCAGCAGUAUUGGUCAGUGCGUACCGUGAAGCGCGUUGGUGGUUCCGUGAACAUGCAGAACCACUUCAACGAGUGGGCCCGCUACGGCAUGAGACUCGGUUCGCAUUACUACCAGAUUGUUGCCACUGAAGGUUACCAGAGCAGUGGCAGCUCUGAGAUCUACGUGCAGACCAAGUAG